GCAAAACCUGGAAGCGGCUGGUCAACCCGAGCAAAACACUAAAGAACAAAAACAACUUAAGAUCCUUCCAGACUUAACUAUUAACAAUGAAGUUCCUGUUGAUCUUGGCCAGCCUGGCUCUCUAUAUAGCCCUUACUUCUGCCCGGGAAUGCGAUGGAGUUCCUGAUAAGCAGAAUUGCAACGGCGGUAAGAAUGAAGGAAUACCGGCUCAAUUAAGCAGGGGACCGUAUUGUAACCCAAAGCCAAAUCCCAACAUGUGGUACUACAACUCUGCUACUAGAAAAUGCGAAGAUAUGGGCUACGAAGGAUGUUAUGGCAACAAGAAUCGCUACUGCACAUUACAAAGCUGUCAAGCUAAAUGUAUUCGAAACUAAAAAAAUAAUAUUCGAAAAUACAAAGUACAUGGCUACAUAAUAAAAUAAUCUAAAUGAUUUUGAAUUGCACUAAACGAUGGAAAACUGUUUAAACUUAUGAUGCCUAUAUCGAAAUUUGACUUUAAAAUAAUA